GUCACUUAAUCUCCACUUCACCAUGCCGCCUAAGCCAAGUGGUAAAGCCGUCAAGAAGUCUGGUAAAGCCCAGAAAAACAUCACCAAGAGUGACAAGAAAGGGCGCAAGAAGAAGCGCAAGGAAAGUUACGCCAUUUACAUCUACAAGGUCUUGAAGCAGGUCCACCCUGACACUGGAGUCUCCAGCAAGGCCAUGAGCAUCAUGAACAGCUUCGUCAACGACAUCUUCGAGCGAAUUGCCGCUGAAGCUUCAAGACUUGCGCACUACAAUAAACGUUCCACCAUCACCUCUCGGGAAAUUCAAACCGCAGUUCGUCUUCUGCUUCCAGGUGAAUUGGCAAAACACGCAGUCAGUGAAGGAACUAAAGCUGUCACCAAAUACACCAGCUCCAAAUAAAUUUCCUAAUCCUCAAUAAAAACCAAACGGCCCUUUUCAGGGCCACCAAAUUUUUUAAAACGAAAGAAAUUUUCAGUUUUUACUUUUAUUUCAAUAAUGAUUUUCUGUCUGAAUUUAAUUCCAUACUCCCAUUCAAUUCAAAAAUGUAUAUAUCUAUCAUGUUUUUUCGAAUCUUAUCAAUACAUACAUGAGAGAUAACUGAAUUAUUCAAUAAGUUUAAAUUAUAACAGUACUGAGAUGCACAAAAAUUUCCAGAUCUGACGUAAAUGAACAGAAGUUCACUUAUUAUCAAGACUUUCUAGUUUCAGAAACUGAUACCU